AAACUCACUGAAGUCUGAGAGAAAAUAGCAGUUCUGCAGCAGAUAGUGUAGGGGAAAGAGACUGGGAUAUGCAUAUGCAGCUGACUAAAGCAGGCUACAUGCUGGACUGUAACAGAGAGGAAACAAUAAAUCUUAACUACUAUGCAAUAAAUAUUCCCAAUUUUAACUAAGGAAGCUAUCCUCAUAGUGAAAUUAAAAAAAAAAAAACAAACCAGUUUGUCCAAGCUUGAUUACUAAAGUGCGCUUCUCCAGUCCUUUUUCCAAAGACUUUAAGGGAAAUUAAGAACAAAUUUAAAGAAAGAGGAAGAAAAGGUUUUUCUUAACGUAGGAAAGGAAAGUAAUAAUAACAUGUCAGUUUUCCUUUCCUUUGCUUUCCUGGCAGCAAUUCUUGCUCACAUAGGCUGUAAUAACCCGCGUCGGGGUCCAGAAGCCAGUGGGAGAAGAUUUAACCGGAUUCAGCAUGGGCAGUGCACCUAUACUUUCAUUCUGCCAGAACAGGACGGGAACUGUCGUGAAAGCACGACAGACCAGUACAACACAAAUGCUCUUCAGAGAGAUGCUCCUCACGUGGAACAGGAUUUCUCUUCCCAGAAACUGCAACAUCUAGAACAUGUGAUGGAAAAUUACACUCAGUGGCUGCAAAAACUUGAGAACUACAUUGUGGAAAACAUGAAAUCGGAGAUGGUGCAGCUGCAGCAGAAUGCUGUUCAGAACCACACCGCCACCAUGCUCGAGAUAGGGACCAGCCUCCUCAGUCAAACAGCAGAGCAGACGAGAAAACUCACGGAUGUUGAAACCCAGGUGCUAAAUCAAACAUCCAGACUUGAAAUUCAGCUACUGGAAAAUUCACUGUCAACAUACAAGCUAGAAAAACAGCUGCUACAACAGACGCAUGAAAUCCUGAAAAUUCAUGAGAAAAACAGUUUACUUGAGCACAGAAUUUUAGAAAUGGAAGAAAGGCAUAAAGAGGAGCUGGACACUUUGAAGGAGGAAAAAGAGAACCUGCAGAGCUUGGUCACACGACAAAGCUACAUAAUCCAGGAACUAGAGAAGCAGCUAAACAAGGCAACAAGCAAUAACAGUGUCCUGCAGAAACAGCAACUUGAAUUGAUGGAUACAGUUCACACUCUGAUCACCCUCUGUUCCAAGGAAGGAGUUUUACUAAAGAAUGCAAAAAAGGAGGAAGAAAAGCCUUUCAGAGACUGUGCAGAUGUAUACCAAUCUGGUUUUAACAAAAGCGGGGUCUACACUAUUUAUAUUAACAAUGUGUCAGAUCCUAAAAAGGUCUUUUGCAAUAUGGAAAUUGCUGGAGGAGGAUGGACGGUUAUACAGCACCGAGAAGAUGGGAGUCUGGAUUUUCAAAAAAGCUGGAAAGAAUACAAAAUGGGUUUUGGUAGCCCAUCAGGUGAACAUUGGCUGGGAAAUGAAUUUAUCUUUGCAAUAACAAGUCAGAGGCAAUAUUCUCUAAGAAUUGAAUUAAUGGACUGGGAAGGAAACCGGGCAUAUUCACAGUAUGACAGAUUUCACAUAGGAAAUGAAAAGCAGAAUUACAGGCUUUAUUUAAAAGGUCACAGUGGGACAGCUGGAAAACAGAGUAGCCUGAUCUUGCAUGGUGCUGAAUUCAGUACAAAAGAUGCUGACAAUGACAACUGCAUGUGUAAAUGUGCUCUCAUGUUGACUGGAGGAUGGUGGUUUGAUGCCUGUGGCCCCUCCAAUCUCAAUGGGAUGUUCUACACAGCUGGGCAAAACCACGGAAAGCUAAAUGGCAUCAAGUGGCAUUACUUCAAAGGCCCCAGCUACUCCUUGCGCUCUACCACCAUGAUGAUUCGGCCCUUGGACUUUUAAAGACAUUCAAGCAGUGGAUCCAGAACAAACCAGGACAACACUGCCCUCAGCAGCACCACUAUCACAGUCUAAAGGUAAAAGGUGAAGGGCUUCUUGAAAGCAACAGGAAGAGAUGAUGUAAAGUCUCUUCGUUAUCACUCCAUAACUUACAAAAACUCUCCAACAGUGACCCCACAUUUUGAUGACCAGGGGAGGUUUGGUUUAGAAGGUGGCUGCAAUGAUUUUCUGGAGAAGAACAAAUGGAUCUGGUUGUUCUGCCUGACUCUGGUGCUUGUCAGUGGAUGUCCUUUUUUUUUUCUUAAUAAGAGAUGCAAAACCAUACUAGAUUAUUCAGCAACAUCAUCAGAAUUUGAAGAACUGAAAUGUAUCAACCAAGGUCUGUUGAGCAGAAUGUUAUUCAUCAGUGAAAUACCAACAUUAUACGUAUGAAAAAGGAUUAUGGAGACACCUUUAUUAAAACUCAUCUUAAAGCACUCAAGGUGACCACUCCAAAUAUUGUUUCUUCUUAAAUGAACUGAAUUUGAAUGGUGGAUGGAUAUAUGUUAAUCCCAGAGUCAAAUAAUUUGUGUGAAUAUUAUUUUUCAUGAAAACGUUUAAGGACAUGUUUCUCAUAAAUAAACUGAGUCAAACAUAUGAAGAAUGGUAAAGGUAAUGCACAAAUUCUUCAGUUGCUCUGUAGAAGUAAAUCAGAUAAUUGGCAUAAUCCCCGAGCUAGGAUUUAUAGUGUGAUAACAAAAGUAGCUGUGUUUUGAGGUUUUUCCCUUCUUUCAUUAAAGGCAGUCUGAAUGUCAUGUAGAAAAAUUAAUGGAAGGUUUAAAGAAUGUGAAAUAUUACCCUAAAGAAAAUAUGGGAUUUUGCAUGGAAUAUUUCCAUCCAAAUUACACAGGAAAGCAAACUGUUAGGGUAUAUAAAAAUUACAUAAACGCAUAGCUUAAGGCAAUGGAUUCAUUUUACAGUAUCCUUGCAUGUGCGCAAUUUAUCAUUAAUUAUUUUACUUUUUUAUUACAUUUUUGUGAAUAUCAGAAGCAUGCCAGUUCUACACAGUGCUUAGGCUACAACUAUAAAAAAUACUCAUCAGAACUGUAUAGAAAAUAAAGAAUUGUGAACUUGUAAAUAGCAUGUUGAUAUUUCCUGUAAUGGUCACAUAAUUUGUACAGGCAGCCCUGACCCUGCUCAAAGGGUGCAAAGCCUCAAAAGGAUAUAAAUAUUAAGAGAACUUGAGAAGACUGCUACAAGUUGUUAACAAGUAAUUUUGUCAUAUUAAAAUGUUGCGGAAGUGUGGGGCAAGAUGCACAAUUCAACUGUUGGAAAAGAUAAAGUUCCUGUAAUAACAAGCAACAAAGUGUACAGGUGGCCCAGGAGGCUGGAGAGAAAACUCUUCCCAUUUAAAGCCCGUUGUGACUUAGUCAUAUGAAUAAAGUCCAUUUGGGAAAGUAGCUUGCAAUCAUUCUACUUCUGCUACAUAUAAAUGGAAAAAUUUUACCCUGAUCCCACUGAAAUCAAAAGUGACAUUCUCAUCAGUUAAAUUGGGACCAACAUGAUACAUAAAAUCUGAUUGUGGUGAGAUUUUGCUUGUCUGUUUGUUGCUUUGUUUCAUUUAUUAAACUGUUCCUGAGAUCAGGCACAGCA